GUGGGGAUAAAAUAAAACGUCCUAAACGACCGCCACCACGCCUCCGGCGAUGGCCAGCAGCCGGCGAAUGAGAGCAUUCAAGCGGUGGAUGAAAUAUCAAUCAAUAGAAUACAGCGACGCACUGGACCUCAUAGUUCAACAAGAAGACCACCAAGUUUGGGUGAAGGCAUUGUGUGAUAUACACGAAGGCGACCUCAUCGCCACCAUCCCCAAGCGCAGUUGCCUCACUGUCAAAUCGUCCGCCGCCUGCCGCCUCAUUGAAGAUUUCUGUCUCGAAGGUUAUAUGGCACUCUCCGUCGCUCUAAUGUUCGAGAAAAGCUUGGGACAAAACUCCUCUUGGUAUGAUUAUCUCCACCUCAUGCCAGACUGCAACCCCGACGUACCCUUGCUCUGGUCUCUUGAUGAAAUUGAUCAGCUCCUAAUGGGCACAGAGCUUCAUAAGACAGUUAAAGAAGAUAAAGCUCUUGUAUACGAUGAUUGGAAAGCAUGUAUUGUGCCUUUUGUGGAAUCGGCUCCAAUAGAACUAAAUCCAGAAGAUUUUGGUGUUGAACAGUACUUUGCUGCAAAAAGUUUGAUCUCUUCACGUUCAUUUCAGAUAGAUGAUCAUUACGGAUUUGGGAUGGUUCCUCUGGCAGACCUAUUCAAUCACAAGACGAAUGCUGAGGAUGUACACUUCACCUCUGUAUCUGAUGAUGAUACUUCCGAAAACAUGGAGGAACAGGUUGAUGAUGAUGAUAGGGAUGGAGAUCCUCAAAAUCAAUCAAAUGUCGCCUCACCAAAAAGUGAUUUUAAUGGUGAUGAUGAUGGUGUUUUCCCAACCACUGAAAUUUUGGAAAUGAUUAUGGUGAGGGAUGUUAAAGCUGGAGCCGAGGUGUUCAACACAUACGGAUCAAUGGGUAAUGCUGCAUUGCUCCACAGAUACGGAUUCACCGAACCAGAUAACCCAUACGACAUCAUAAACAUAGAUCUAGACAUGGUCCUCCAAUGGAGUUCAUCUCUAUUUUCAUCUCGUCACACAAGAACUCGUCUUUCAUUUUGGAAAUCAUUAUUACAUUUACAUCAUCCUGAAUCCCAAAACCAGCAAAUCGAAUAUUUUGAAAUAUCUUAUGAUGGUGAACCAGAGCUCGAGUUGCUUAAAUUGAUAUUCAUAAUCUUACUACCUGAAAAAGAGUACAACGACUUAUAUCUCGGGGAUUCAAAUGGUCAGAAAUUUGGUAAGUCAAGGAUUGUAUUGGGUGAGGUGAGUGAAACGAAUAAGAAAGUUUUGUUGACUGAGAAUGUGCGAGGUGGGUUGUUGUCAGUGGUGGAUAUUAGGGAAAGGUGUUAUGGGUUGAGAUCAAUGGAAGAUGAUGUUGAAGCAUUGAGGGAGUGUUGUAAUAAUGUUUUGGAGAAAAAGUUGUAUCAUUCGUUGGUGUUGCGGGUUAGUGAGAGGAGGAUUUUGGAGAAGCUUAGGGCGUAUGCAGGUGGAGGUGGAAGUGGAAGGUGGAUUAAUAGUGGUUGUAAUGGAUCUACCAUGAAGAAGAGUGUACAAAAGAGAUGACAGGGCAAUUAUUGGUAUUUAUGGAGUGACUUUUGGAAGUUAAAGUGGUUGCUAGCUUUUCAGUGUAUUCCAGUUUUGUUAUUUUUUUUUUUGAUACCCAAGACUUGAUUUUAUUGAACCGGAUAAUUUCGAUGAUGAAUUUUGGUCAUACGACUAGGAC